AUGCCCCUACUGAGCUAUCAAAAUGCUAUUUUUGAUGAAGAGUAUAAGAGGCUGGAGAAUCAGAUUCUCGCCCAGAUGGAGGUACGACCAAACGGUAAGAAUGGAAACGGAGACAAGUCUGACAGUGAGAGUACACCGCCACGACUGCGCCGCUCUCUUGAGGCCGACGGACUCUUCGUACGCGUCCUUGUCAACUUCGAUCCUCACAAGGUAGUGGAACCAAACCAGGUUAUUCCACGCUCCGCCAUAUCCAUGCACUCUGGUGACAUCCUCCAACUCAUUAACAUAACCGAUCGAGAGUGGUGGCAG